AUGAACGCAAACCACGUUGCUGAUGGUCCCACGCAUGAGCGUGGCACCGCAGAGAUCCUCUCCGGCGCAGCACCGAUCGAGAGCGAGGAGCUCGGCAUCACUAUCGAUAGACUCCAUGACGAUAUCGAAAAGGUCUCCCUAGAAUCACCCGAUGGCAGAGAACCAACGGAGGAGGAGAAGAUUACUCUCCGCAAGGUCGCCGGUUCUAUUCCAACCAUUUCUUGGGUACUUUGUGUAGCCGAGCUCGCCGAACGUGCGAGUUACUAUGGCGCCACCCAGGUUUUCAAUGAUUUUAUGCAGUUCCCUCUUCCUGAGGGCGGCAAUGGCAGCGGAGCUGUUCCAAAGAGCAAUCCUAACGGCCAUGCUGGUGCACUGAACGAGGGCCUUCAAUUUGCCUCUGCAUUCAGCACUUUGUUCACGUUCUUGGCCUAUGUCUUUCCAAUCCUUGGUGCCUACAUCGCAGACACGCGUCUCGGAAGAUUCAAGACGAUCCUCCUUGGUGUCACCAUUGGCGCUGUUGCCCACGUUAUCAUGAUUGGUGGCGCUGCUCCAUCCCUUCUCAAGGCUGGCAAAGGCCUCGCACCAUUUAUUGUCUCGUUCUUCACUCUGGCCAUCGGUGCAGGCAUCUUCAAGCCCAAUGUGGCACCAACUGUCAUCGACCAGUACACGAAUCAGCGACAAGUAAUCAAGGUACUCGAGUCAGGCGAGAAGGUCAUCGUCGAUCCCGAGCGCACGAUUCAGCGGGUGAUGCUCAUCUUCUAUGCCAUGAUCAAUGUCGGCGCCUUCUUUGCCAUUGCAACCACGUACACUGAGAAAUACGUCGGCUUCUGGCUGUCCUUCCUUUUGCCAGGCAUUGUAUACUUCUUGCUCCCCUUCCUUCUGUUGGCCGUGUACAAGAGACUCGUCAUCAAAAAGCCAAACGGAUCUGAGCUGACCAACUUCUUCAAAAUCGUUUGGACUGGUCUCAAGUAUAACAAGUUCCAGGUUUGGAAGAAGGACUUUUGGACAGUUGCUUCGCCGUCCAAGCUGGCAGAGCGUGGCAUCCAGGUGGCAUGGACUGAUCGAGCUGUCCUGGACGUGCAGCGUACUUUUGAAGCCUGUGUCGUCUUCCUGUACUUCCCCGUCUACAACAUCAAUGAUGGAGGUGUGGGCGCUGUGCAAUCGAACCAAGGUGCGUCCAUGACGAACAAUGGAGCACCGACUGAUCUGCUCGGAAACUUCAACCCUCUCGUUAUCAUCGCCGUUGCGCCAGUCCUUUCGUAUGGCCUGUAUCCGCUGCUGGCUAGAUAUGGCAUCAAGUUCGGUCCUAUCCGCCGUAUGACGUUCGGAUUCAUGCUUGCAGCAAUUUCCGGUGCUAUCGGUGCCAUUGUGCAAUGGAGAGUGUAUGAGACAAGCCCUUGCGGCUACCAGGCCAGCACUUGUGACGACGUGUCACCCAUCAACAUCUGGUGGCAGAUUCCCAACGUCGCCCUUGGUGCCAUUUCCGAGCUCUUUUGCAACGUGACUGCGUAUGAGAUGGCAUAUGCGCGCUCUCCACCUCAUCUCAAGUCCGUCGUCAUGUCCCUCUUCUUGUUCACUACCGCUUUAUCGAGUGCCCUUGGCGAGAUCCUAAUCCCAGCCAUCGUCGAUCCGCAUUUGAUUUGGGUAUGGGCUGGUCCAGCAAUUGCACUCUUCGUCCAGACGAUUGUCUUCUGGCUUAGGCACCAUAAGCUUGAUGAUGAUAUAUACAUGUUGGAACAAGAGACACCUACCCAGUCUCAGGCUCAGCUAACACAAGCCGGAGAGUUGGAGACGGAGCAGGAAACGGUGAUUAGGGAUGUAGAGAAGGCAUAA